GUGGACGAGUGGUUCAUGCGCAUGGUCGGCGAGCGCAAGCACAAUGCGGACGCCCUCGCCCUCGUGGUCGACACGCUCAUGCUGGUCGGCGGGGAGGAAAACGAGGAGACGACGGCGCUGGAGUGGGUGAGCCAGUUCCGUGACGCGGGCAUGCCCUUGUCGCCAGCGGUGUACGCCGCCAUGGUCAGUGGGGACGUGUACAGCGGAGACUUCGAACAGGUGGAGGCGAAGAUGCAGCAGAUGGAGGCGGACGGCCUGGAGAUGGACGACGCCUCGCUCGCCGCCCUGCUGCUCGCGUACGCGAACGCGGAGCCGCAGCAGAGCCUCCUGGCCGAGCAGACCUUCAAGCAGUUCAUGCUGAAGGGGAAGAUCGCCGUGACGAAAGACCUGCUCGAGGACGAGGGCAGGUGUGCGUGGCAGACGCAUGGAGAGGCCCUGACGACCGAACUCGCAGAAGAGGUGCUUGCCUGGGCGGAGGAGAUCCUGCCGAGCCCCUGGGAAGCUGUCUUCAACAGGCCGUCGAACAGGGACGUGGGCUCUGUGCAAGACCACCCGAUUGAGGAGAAGUACGAGCUCUAUGUGGCUCCAGACUCUCUCGAGACCCAGCGCGAGCUGGACGGCUUCCCGCCCAAUGUCGCGAUGGGCAGAGUGCUGAUCAAGGAAAACAAGAAGCCCGCCAUGCCGCCUACAGAAUACCGCAUGACAGGCGUCGGAGGCGAAACGGUGAGGCACCUCAACGGUAUGGUGAAUCCGUCCGGAGCUACGACUGUCUGGGGCUGGCAGAGGCUGAGGUUUUUGGCCGUGAAGACGUGGAUUGAUUACCUCGCGACUCGCAACACCGAGAAGAUCGUCGUUCUCCAUGCCAGUGGCGAGACAUUGUACGCUGGCUGUGACGAAAACACGAUCUCCUACAAGUACAAUGAGAUCAUCACCGCCAGCGGUGGGACUCAGACGAUUGUCUUGGCUGCUGAGGUAAGCCCCUGGCCUGAGGAGAUUGCAUGGCGCUACGACCAGUACCCUAGUAUCACGGCAACCAUGUCUACCUUCCUGACAACUGUGGGCGUUGAUCCGGCUUUUGCCACAACAUAUGCCGACUGCACCAACACAACUGUCGGGUAUUGCACCACCCCGCCCAAGUACCAGUACGCGAGCUCAGCUUUCAUCAUGGGCCCUAUCGGGGAUAUCUCGGAUAUGUUCGCAGAUAUGUACUUCUGGUCCGACUCAGAGAACCGCCUGGUGAACGAGUACUUCCUCCACAACCCCGAUAAGGUGGCGCUCGACUACGCCGGCGUCCUGGUGCUCUCCCUGAACAACAUGAAGCUGGACGGGGGUAUCCCCGUCACGGUGACGACCUCGUCAGGCGCGAAGUCUUUCUCGAACGCGAUCACCGGCUCUGCCGUGUGCUUCGUACACGGCAGCGGGAACUCAUUCGGUGCCCUCAAGGUGCUCGCGCAGGAGCUGCUCGCGUGA